UUCUAAGCAUACGUACAGUAGUGAUAUACUCUUUCAUAGUUUCAUAUACUCAAAAAAAUGUCUCCCAUGUUCUUUUGGGCGCUCUUCGUCUUCUGCAUUUCAUCCCCAUGUCUCCAUGCAGUCAAAGAGGAGAAUUGUAAGCUUUAUAUAGUCCAAAUGGACUCCGAGCAAAUGCCAAAAGUAUUCUCCGAAAACUCACUUGGCACUCAUCCAUCGUUGAGAGUUUGAAACCCGGCGAAAAGGUGGUCUACACCUACUCUCAGGCCAUCAAUGGGUUUUCAGCAAUGCUUUGCCCGCAAGAUCUGGAUGCUCUUAAAAAGUUUUCAGGCUAUGUUUCAACCACCGAAAGCCGACGGAUCAAAUUGCAGACCACAAGGUCCCCCAAUUUUCUUGGUCUAAAUCAAAACAUUGGGCUUUGGCCACUUUCUGGAUACGGACAUGAUAGCAUCAUUGGAAUAGUCGAUUCCGGGAUAUGGCCUGAGAAACCAAGUUUCUCUGAUCGUGGAAUGUCGGAAAUCCCUUCCCGCUGGAAAGGGGAGUGCGAAAACGCGACCGACUUCAAUUCUACAAUGUGCAACAGGAAACUGAUUGGGGCGCGACAUUUCAGUAAAGGGAUUUUCGCAGAGGAUCCAGAUGCCGAAAUACCGAUAAACUCUCCACGAGACACCAUCGGACAUGGCACGCAUUGUGCUUCUAUAAGUUCCGGGGGAUACGUAGAAAGUGCAGCUUAUGGCGGAUACGGAUUGGGAGUCGCAAGAGGCGCGGCUCCGAAUUCAAGGAUUGCCGUGUACAAGGCAUAUUUCAGUGAUGGAAAAGGAUCAGAGAUCGGUACUUCAGCUGACAUCUUGGCAGCUAUUAAUCAGGCUAUUGUGGAUGGAGUGGAUGUGCUGUCUUUGUCAAUUGGGGAAGAAGGAACAUUCUAUGAAAAAUUGCUUGCAGCCGGCACUUUCUCUGCCAUGAGGAAAGGGAUUUUUGUUUCAAUGGCUGCAGGAAAUGACGGCGAUUUUCCGAAUGAUUUUCCGUGGGUACUCAACGUCGGCGCUGGUACCAUUGACCGGGAAUUCGGAGGAACCGUACUUUUAUCUAAUGGAGGAACAAUUCAGGGGCAGUCCAUGUAUACAGGGGAAGCUUUAUUAAGUGAAAUUCCUCUCAUUGAUUUGAAGACAUGCCAAGAUGCGCAUGAGGUACACAAAUACAGGAGCAAGAUUGUUGUUUGCCAGCCACAGGGGAACUUAUCCAUAGAUGAGCUGAGGGAUCUGGUUUUCAUGGUGAAAGGAGUCAGGGGAGCAGUCUUCAUUGCAAAUUUCAUUGAUUAUGACGAUGUGAUUAAAACUCGUUAUCCAGCCCUCUUCGUCACUCCCCGUGACGGGAAAACCAUAUUAGAAUACACGCGAACCAGUCCCAAUCCAACAGCUCGAAUGGUAUUUGGAGAGACGAGAAUCGACACCAAACCUUCUCCCGAAGUAGCCGGCUUUAGCUCCAAAGGUCCAUCUCUCAACUGCCCUCUUGUGUUGAAACCUGAUAUCUUAGCUCCUGGAGAAAACAUUCUUGUUUCUUGGAGUCCAUACUAUUGGGCGGGAGACGUUGAGUCCAUGGAAACAUACGGUUGGUUCAGGUUUAGUAGUGGUACCUCAAUGGCUGCUCCUCAUGCCGCAGGGAUUGGGGCUAUGUUAAGAGUGGCGCACCCCGAUUGGAGCCCGGCUGCAAUUAGGUCAGCCAUGUUAACCACGGCUGAUGUUGUCGAUAAUAUCGGCGAGCCAAUCAAAGAUGUUGAAUCGGGUGGCCGGAAUGCCAACCCUUUUGAAAUGGGUUGUGGCCACCUCAACCCGAACAGAGCAGUUGAUCCCGGCCUGAUCUACAAUGCAUCUGCGCAGGAUUAUAUCAAUCUGUUGUGUGCUAUGAACGACAUCAGGGAACAAAUCUUUGCCGUUGUGGGAUCGUUCGGCUUCGAUUGUGGAAACUCCUCAUCCGAUUUGAAUUAUCCAUCGUUCAUGGUGCUAUAUGAACCCGAUGACGGAGUCGAUUCCCUGAUUUGGGAGUUCAAGAGGAGGGUCACAAACGUGGUCGAUGGCGGUUCCAGGUAUAAAGCUUUCGUGACAGCACCGAAAGAUUCCAACGUUACCGUCUCACCUAAUUUCUUGGAGUUCAACAGCAAGAAUGAAGAACAAACUUAUACGCUGAUCCUUAGGUAUGCAGGGGCUAAGAAUGGAACGGUAACAUUUGGUCACUUAAAAUGGGCGCAAGAGAACGGUAAUCACACCGUUUCAAGUCUAAUUGCUAUCAGCCAAAAGAACUACCGAUCUGGAUAAAAUUUCAUUUGGCAUUUUCUUAAUCUUCUGCAUUUAUGCUUUAUAUUAUAUGAUUUACAUGUUACUGUAUUUUUGUUGCAUUAUACGUCACGAAUCAUGACUCCUACUUGAUGAUGAUCAUGUGUUCUGUUUGGGGUAAAGAUUUGACUACUUUAGAU